AGUCGAGGGGUUUGUGUGUCUGAGAUCUUAAGAGAAUUAAAUUGAUUUUCGCAAAUAUUAUUGUAAAUUACAUCAGGCCUUACGUAAGCACACUUUACACGCUAAGAGAAUUAAAUUGAUGUUUUACCAAAAGUCUUGGAAAUUGGUUUGUAAAACAACCAAUAAUGCUCUGUCGACUCUGUUUUUUUGUCUUCACACGUGCUGUACUCUUAUACUUGAUCGGCCUCUUUUUCAAUUUGUUUCGGCUUUGUUUAAGCCUUCGUUUUAACAUAUUUGUCAGCUUUGUUUUUCUCAACUUUUGUAUGAGUUUUCCUUCUACUCUUUCCCUACCUGUUCAUACAAGGCUUUAAUGGUUACCUUCUAUGCUUAAAUACUACAUCUAACUGGUGGUUCUAAAGCGUACUCUCCGGGUUUGAGUGUACACCUGUACUUUGUACUCUAAUAUAUAAUUGAGGAUUUGACACUGUACUUUGUACCAUACAAGUUCUUCUGCUUUGUACUUUGGAAUUAUGUUUUAACUCUUUAAACUUGUACUUUUAACUCUUUAAACUUGUACUUUUAACU